AUGGGGUGUUGCUGUUCAAUUAAAUCUCCGAGUCAAACAACUCUUGGAAGGGAAGUUGAGUGUCCAAAGUGUUAAUAACUUUUCCCAUCUUACACAACUAAUCAUGCUGUAAUAUAUAAAAAUUAAAUUUGAAGUUUAAUGAUCACUUAGAUAAUUGCCUAUUGUCUUCUUAAUAAAAUUUAAAUAGAAUAGAAGAUUACCGAGGGAUAAAAUAUUGGGAAAAGGUUUAAAACGAAUAAGGAUUCUAGUGGGUACUAAAGGAAUACAACCCUAGUCUCUAAAUAAAUGAAUAGGUAACUAUGAGAAAUAAAAAAGAAUAUUUAACAAGAACCUUUUGGUUAAAAGCAAGUUUGGUUCAGAGCUAAACUAGAAAAACUUAGAAUUCCAUGGCAAGUAAAUUAAAUAAAAAAUACAUUAGAAUGGAUGCACUGUUCUAUCUGUUUCAUAAAAUCAAUUAUUAGAAUCUUCAGUGGAGAGCAUAAUGAAAUUGAAAUCUCGUCUUUUACAUGGAGAAUUGAAAAUAAAAUUUCAAGAGGAUCAAAAAGUUUAGGAUGCAGGAGGUUUGCUGAGAGAAUGGUCAACUUCUAUUUUAUAAUAAUUAGUUGAUUAGGGAUAUCUGUAAAAAACUGACACUAAAGAACUCACAUACAAAUUCAAUCCAAAUGUUUAAUCAAAUACCAUUGACAAAAGAUAACUCUUUUCCUUUUUAGGAAUAAUUGUGGGAAAAUGUCUUUUUGAAAGAAUCCCACUUAGUUCAUUUUUAGAUCGUACAAUUAUUAAACAUAUCUUGAGACAGAAGAUAGUGUUGGAAGACAUCAAAUAUUUUGAUGAAGAUGUAAUAUAAUAAGAUUAUUGGUUUAGCUAUUUUAUUCUUGGCAAUAUUUAUUAAAUAAUAAUUCUGAUUCAUUAGAUCUCUAUUUUUAGUUAGAAUAUUUUGGUAAGACUAUCAAUUUAAAAGAAAAUGGAUGUGAAAUCAAAGUUACUAAUUCUAAUGCUUAGGAAUAUAUCAAUUUAAAGUAUCUUUAAUUAUAACACAUCCUAGUAUAUUCUACUACACCUCAUAGUUUUUGGAACCUUAUCUCUCAGAUUUUCUCACAGGAUUCUAUCAAGUGAUUCCAAAAACUUUAUUAAGAAUUUUCAAACCUCAGGAAUUAGAAAUGAUCUUAUUUGGACUUCCAUUUAUAGAUCUUUAAGAUUGGUCCAAAUAUACAAUAUAUAAAGAUUGUUCUGCAGAGGAUUACUUUAUUAAAUGGUUUUGGUAGAUCUUAAGCACUUGGAGUUAGGCUGAACUAUCUUAAUUUUUGAGAUUUUGUACUGGUUCAACUAGAGUUCCAGUGGAAGGUUUUAGGUAAUGAGAAUCCCUAAUAAUAGUAAACUCGAGAGCAACAGAGGAGAAAUAUCAUAUUUCUGUAUUUAAGCCAGUAAUUUCGAUUAAGAAAAUCCAUAUCCUAAGGCUCAUACAUGUUUUAACAGAUUAGAAUUACCAAAGUAAAUAUAUAGUUUUGUAAAGGUAUCUAGAUAUGAAGAACUGGAAACAAUGGAAGUUUUUUUGAAGGCAACUAUUCACGAAGCAUUGGAAGGUAUUUUUGGUUUAGAAUGA